AUGGCGACCCUCGGAACCCGUCCUGCCGAACCACCACUUCAGUAUCGACCUGACCGAGCUCAAUAUGAGGAGCGAGGUCGCCUUCGAAGGGAAACAGAGGACCUUCCUUCAGCUCUACCACCCGGGUUUCCCGCAAGGCUGGAGUCACCUUUAGUCUGGGAUGGCAAAGAGAUGCAGAAGCGCACCGACUGGAUCUACGAGCUGAAUGAUGCGCAAUUGGCUGAGAUUGAUAGUGCACUCAAAAGCUUCAAAGCACUCGAUAAGCCCCUCGGAUUCAUUGACCAAACGACGUUUCCCCUACCGAACCUCCACGCUGAACUGAGAAAGCUCUCCAGAGAACUGCACCUUGGCCGAGGAUUCUUUAUAAUCCGCGGACUCCGGAUAGACGAAUACUCACGAGAAGAUAACAUGAUAAUCUAUGUUGGAGUCUCUGCCCACGUCGCGGACGUCCGCGGACGUCAACAGGACACCCGCUUCAGCGCUGGGAAAUCCUUGAUCGUCUCGCACAUCAAAGAUCUCAGCCGAACAAAGGACGCGGCAAAUAUUGGAGCACCUUCGAACACAGCCGACAAGCAGGUUUUCCACACAGAUGGAGGGGACAUCAUUUCCUUAUUGUGCCUGAACCCUUCCCCCCAGGGCGGGGAAAGCUAUAUCGCCAGUUCCUGGCAUAUCUACAACAUUCUGGCCCAGCAGCGUCCGGACCUGAUUCAUACUCUUUCCCAAGACUGGCCGUUUGACGGGUUCGGUAAUGUUGAUCGCCCGUACUCGCAGCGACCUCUGCUAUUCCACCAGCCCGCAACCCAAACAAAACCAGAACGCGUGAUGAUGCAGUACGCCCGUCGCUACUUCACUGGUUUCCAAGCCCAACCUCGCUCCCCUGAGAUCCCACCGGUCAGCCAAGCGCAGGCUGAAGCCCUGGACGCGCUGCAUUUUCUUUCCGAAGACAACUGCGCCUCCCUAGAUUUCAAAAAGGGCGAUAUACAGUACAUCAACAACCAUAGUAUUUUCCACGCCCGCAAUGGAUUCACGGAUGAGCCGGGGAAUGAGCGACACCUGUUGAGACUCUGGCUGCGGGAUACUGAAUAUUCCUGGGACACUGCGGCGCAGCUACAUGAACGCUGGGAGCAUGUCUAUAAGGAUGUCAACCCGGAGGACCAAGUGUUCCCCCUCGAGCCGAAUGUGCACAAAUCCUUGGGGUCGUAG